UCCGGUGCUGAUUUAACGGCUCAGAAAGGAACUGUAAUAAAAGACAUGAUACUUUGCUCUUAAACGGAAACAUGAACAUCUAAUUAUGUCUGCUGAACAUGAAGGUCCUAAACAAAGACGAGCUGCACGUCGCGGAACACGUUUUGCUAAAACAUUUACCGAAGAGUUUCAAGGUCUACGGUUUCCUCUUCGGUAUAAACAGAGGCAAGCCAACCACACAAGAGAUUGUCGUUGAUACGUGGCCUGAUUUUAGAGUCAUUCUUUCCAGACCAGAUCCCAAGAAUAAACACUCCCAAGAAUUCAUGAAAAAGGUGACCGUCUUCUGUACGGAUGAGGUCGUUUUGAGGAGAGUCCUAAGAGAAGAAAAUCCAAUUGACUGGAGCACUUAUUUCCUGGUUGGAGGGUUGGAUAUUACCCACGAACCUCUUUUCAAAGAAGUUUCAACUGAAAAUAAAGUGAACCACAGACACUACACGUUGGUACAUCUUCUUUAUUUGCCAGACAUCAGCUUUCUCCUCUCUCCAGAUGUUGACAGUGAGCUUGAAUCGAGGAUUUCAUCUCUUGACCUCUCCCAUGUUGACUUGGUGAAUAAAACUUGGAAGUUUGGAGGGAAUGCUCAGGGUUACAGGAACAUCCAAAACCUAAUCAGCAACUUCCCAACCUUCUGCAUUAGGGACAUCCAGGGUGAUCCAGUGGCCUGGAUUCUGGUGUAUGAUUACUGUGCCUUGGGGAUGUUGUACACUCUACCGGAGCACAGAGGAAAAGGCUACGCCAAAGUGCUGAUCAGCACCAUGGCCAAGAAACUCCACGCGGAGGGAUUUCCUGUUUACUGUUUCAUAGAAGACAACAACACGAUGUCCUACAAACUUUUUACAAACAUGGGCUUUCUUGAAGACUCUUCCUACAGAGCUGCAUGGAUUGAAUUCAACUUCGGAUCUGGUGAUUAAAAUGAAACUGAUUUUUUUAAAUCAUUCAAUCAAUUUUAUUAAUUACAUAUUAAAAUGAAGCCUGUAUUUGCAGCAAAUUUAACCUACCAGUCACAAUUAAAGCUGGAUUAUUGGAGUUUGACACAAAUCAUUGAUGCUUGAAUAAAACAAGCACCCAGUGUUUUAAAUCUGUAUCCACAUAACCUCUACUCACACACAUUCACCUUUUAUUUUUUUUACUUUUUCAUCAUCUUGCACACCACUCUACAUUUGAUCAGUAGGACAAUUUUCAGCUUUAUUUGCUUUAAAAAAAUAUUCCGUAUAUGUUUAUUGACAGAGAGAGAUUUGGUCAAACCUUCAAGACAGAUCUAAGCUUUAACCUUACUCUAAAGGUUCUUUUUUUAUAGCUAAAACUGAUAAAUGCAUGUAUAUUGCCUCUGCGGGAAAAUAAACAUUUCCAAGUUGU